AUCCAAAUCACAUCACCAAAUCCAGCCGUUCCACUCAUCUUCAACACUCGCAUAUUACUAUCAUUUUUCUCCUUCGAGGCUUAACAGUUCCUACACGACUCUCCAAUCUCCAUUAACACAACAAGAAGACAAAAAUCAUAACCUUAUCUUGAAUUUAUCUUCAUUUCUAUCUCCUCCUCAAAAAAACUCGUCUCGGUUCACUAAAAGUCAAACAAAUUCUCAUUUUUUAUUUUCAUUUUCGCUUGAAUGGAGAAAUCUGGUUAUGGCCGUGAUGGUAUAUACAGGUCUUUGAGACCACCUUUGGUCCUUCCCAAAGAUCCUAAUCUUUCUAUGGUUAAUUUCCUUUUCAGGAAUUCUUCGUCUUAUGAAUCCAAACUAGCCCUUAUUGAUGCUGAUUCUGCUCAAUCUUUAACUUUCUCCCAGUUCAAGUCCACCUUGAUCAAGGUCUCUCACGGCUUUCGCCAUUUGGGUAUCAAGAAAAGCGAUGUCGUUUUGAUUUUUGCUCCUAAUUCUAUACAAUAUCCUCUUUGUUUUCUUGGUGUUAUUGCUAUAGGGGGCAUUGCAACUACUGUCAAUCCUAUUUACACUGUGGGUGAACUCUCAAAGCAAAUUAAAGAUUCAAAACCAAAGCUUCUUGUCACAGUCCCUGAGUUAUGGGACAAAGUUAAAGAUUUUAACUUGCCAGCUGUGAUUUUGGGUUCAAAAGAUAAGUUAUCUUCAAAUUCAAAGAUUGUUACUUUUCAUGAAUUGGUUGAAUUAUCUGGGAAUGUAUUAGAAUUUCCGGAUGUUUCAAUUAAGCAGGCGGAUAUUGCUACUUUGUUGUAUUCUUCAGGUACAACUGGCACAAGCAAAGGAGUCAUUUUGACUCAUAGAAAUUUUAUUGCAGCAUCUUUGAUGAUAUGCAUGGAUCAGGAUCUAGCUGGUGAAACAGAUAAUGUGUUUCUCUGUGUGUUGCCAAUGUUUCAUGUGUUUGGGCUUUCGGUUAUUUCGUACGCGCAGUUGCAGAGGGGCAAUACUCUAGUGUCAAUGGGGAAGUUUGAUUUUGUGAUGCUUUUGAGGACUAUUGAGAAGUAUAGAGUGACUCAUAUGUGGAUUGUGCCUCCAAUUGUGCUUGCUUUGGCAAAGCAGAGUAUGGUUAAGAAAUUUGACCUUUCGUCUUUGAAGCAAAUUGGUUGUGGAGCUGCUCCUUUAGGAAAGGAAUUGAUGGAGGAAUGUGCGAAGAAUUUUCCUCAGGCUUUAGUUAUACAGGGUUAUGGUAUGACUGAAACUUGUGGCAUCGUUUCAGUGGAGAAUCAAAGGGGAGGAGUUCGGCACAGUGGUUCAGCUGGACAACUUGUUGCUGGAGUUGAGGCUCAAAUUGUCAGUGUAGAUACUCUGAAACCUCUUCCUCCUAAUCAUUUGGGUAAUCAUUUGGGGGAGAUAUGGGUUCGAGGACCUAAUAUGAUGCAAGGUUAUUACAACAAUAAGCAGGCCACAAUGCUGACCAUAGAUAAACAGGGUUGGGUACAUACAGGAGAUCUUGGAUAUUUUGAUGGGGAUGGACAGCUAUUUGUCGUUGACCGAAUUAAAGAGCUCAUAAAGUACAAAGGUUUUCAGGUUGCACCAGCAGAGCUUGAAGGGCUGCUUGUUUCUCACCCUGAGAUAUUAGAUGCUGUUGUCAUUCCAUUCCCAGAUGCUGAAGCUGGUGAGGUCCCAAUUGCAUAUGUUGUUCGUUCGCCCACUAGUUCAUUGACCGAAGAAGAUGUCAAGAAUUUUAUUGCUAAGCAGAUUGCACCUUUUAAAAGACUACGAAGGGUGACAUUUAUAAACACUGUUCCAAAGUCAGCGUCGGGGAAAAUCUUGAGAAGAGAGCUAAUAGAGAAAGUACGAUCCAAAAUAUGAAUUAUGAGUGUGUUAGUAAGUCAUGACUGAUAAGAACAUUACACUUUGUUUAUUAUACCUUGAAA